AUGAAGCUGCUGCUGCUGCUGUUGCUGAUGGAGGGAGCUACAGGCCAGCAGAGAGGUCUGUUCCCGGCCAUCUUGAACCUGGCCAGUAACGCAGUGAUCAGCAGUAAUGCAACGUGUGGAGAUCCAGAACCAGAAGUUUACUGUAAACUAGUGGAACACGUUCCAGGACGACGGAUCAAGAACCCGCACUGCCCAAAAUGUGACUCUAACUCUGUUCUGUCUAAAGAGCGACAUCCAAUCACAAACGCCAUCGAUGGAACAAACCAGUGGUGGCAGAGUCCGAGCAUCAAGAACGGUCGGCAGUUUCACUGGGUCACCGUCACGCUGGACCUGAAACAGAUUUUUCAGGUUGCGUAUAUCAUCAUCAAAGCAGCCAACUCUCCUCGACCAGGUAACUGGAUUCUGGAGCGUUCUCUGGACGGUGUGACCUUUGACCCCUGGCAGUUUUAUGCCAUAAGUGACUCUGAGUGUUUGUCUCGUUAUGACAUCACACCAAGACUCGGACCCCCGACCUACAAGAGCGACAUGGAAGUGAUCUGCACAUCAUACUACUCCAGACUGAAUCCUCUGGAACAUGGAGAGAUCCAUACCUCUCUCAUCAAUGGACGACCCGGUGCUGAUGAUUUGACCUCUGACCUACUGAACUUCACCUCAGCUCGUUACAUCAGACUGAGGCUGCAGCGAAUCAGAACGCUCAAUGCCGAUCUGAUGACGCUGAGCGCCCACGACCCCAGAGACAUCGACCCCAUUGUGACUCGGAGGUAUUUUUACUCCAUCAAAGACAUUUCAGUGGGCGGCAUGUGUAUCUGCUACGGCCACGCCCAGAGCUGCCCGCUGGACCCUGUUACCAAGAAGCUGCAGUGUGUGUGUGAGCACAACACUUGUGGAGAGAGCUGUAACGAGUGUUGCCCCGGUUACCACCAGCAGCCAUGGCAACCAGGAACCGUCUCUGAGGGAAAUACGUGUGAAAGGUGUAACUGUCACAACAAGGCAGGCGACUGUUUUCACAAUCAGACCGUCGCUGACCUCCGGUUGAGUCUGAACAUCCGUGGCGUUCGUCAGGGGGGCGGAGUCUGCAUCGACUGCCAACAAAACACUGCUGGCAUCAACUGUGAAACCUGCACUGAUGGAUACUACAGACCAGCACAGAUUUCUCCUCAUGCAGACUCUCCUUGCACUGAGUGUAACUGUGAUUUGAGAGGAUCAGAGUCUUCAGUCUGCGCCAGAGACGACACAACGCCAGGUGUGUCUGCAGGUCAGUGUGUGUGUAAAGAGGGUUUCACAGGUCGACGGUGUGACCGUUGUGCGUUUGGAUACAGAGAUUUUCCUCAGUGUGUUCGCUGUGAAUGUAACUUGGCUGGCAGCAUCAACACUGACCCCUGCAGCGACUGCAUCUGCAAGGUGAACGUGAUGGGAGCUCACUGUGAUCUGUGUAAACCGGGUUUCUACAACCUGCAGGACGCUCAUCCACUCGGCUGCUCCGACUGCUUCUGCUUCGGUGUGUCUGACGUCUGUGAGAGCUCCAGUUGGUCCACAGCACAGAUACUUCAUGGAGACGGUUGGCUCCACCCCUCUCAGUCCCACCACACGCAGCCUGUCGUCCAUGGCAACGACCUGUCCAUCCCCAGUAACACCUCUGGCCACACCCACCAACAUCUGCUGUCAUGGGCAGCACCCGACAGUUUCCUAGGCAACAAGCUGGUGUCCUAUGGAGGUUUCCUGAACUACACUUUGGUUUAUGACAUCCCAUUGGACAAUGAGGACCGUUCUCUCCCCGCACACUCUGACAUCAUCCUGGAGGGUAAUGGUCGAGCCCUUCGUCUUUCACCGCCUCAUCUCCUCUUCCUUUCGCCAUUGGCUGGGCGCUCGGUUGCCAUGGCGAUGGUCCCGCAGCGGUUCCUAGAUAUGCAAACAGGCCGACUCAUUACCCGUGAUGACCUGCUGUCAGUCCUCGCUGACGUGACAUCAUUGAUGGUCAGAGUUCACCUGAACACCUCUGCUGAUGGCCCGAUACGGCUCAGUUCAGUGUCUCUGGACAUCGCUGUUCCUGGUGUAGUUUCUGGUGUUCACGCAUUUGCUGUUGAGACGUGUGAAUGCCCGUGGGGUUACAGCGGCACUUCCUGUGAGUCGUGUCUUCCAGGCUUUUACCGUGUGGGGGGAGUGUUGUUUGGAGGAAACUGUAUGCAGUGUGAAUGUAACGACCACGCUGCAGAAUGUGAUAUCAAUGGAGUUUGUUUGGAUUGUUCCCAUAAUACGACGGGUCCUCACUGUGAUCAGUGUCUACCUGGUUUCUAUGGCGACGCUACAGAGGGAACAGCUGAGGACUGUCAGCGUUGUGCGUGUCCUCUGAUGGAGCCGUCCAACAGUUUCAGUCUCACCUGUGUGCUGGACGCGUCUGGGAAGGUGUCAUGUGACCAGUGUCAGGACGGAUACACCGGGAACAACUGUGAAAGGUGUGCCAGUGGUUUCUAUGGCAACCCACAGGUAGUGGGCAGGGCCUGCACCCCCUGUGAAUGCAAUGGUAACGUGGACGUUAACGAGGCCGGGCACUGUGACACCGUAACUGGGGAAUGCCUACGUUGCCUUGGCAACACUGCCGGGAGACAUUGCGAAGUCUGUCAGCUCGGUUACUAUGGAGACGCCGUACACGCCAAGAACUGUCAAGAGUGCAGCUGUGAUGUAAGCGGCGCCCUCUCCAGUGUGUGUGAUGUCAUCACGGGUCAGUGCGUGUGCAGAGAGAACGUGACGGGACGCAACUGUGACGUCUGCCAGUCGGGGUUUUUCGGGCUGCAAAGUGGGCGGGGCUGUCGGGCCUGUGGCUGCAGCCAAUCAGGGUCUGUGUCUGAGUCAUGUGAUGAUGAGGGGCGGUGCCAGUGUGUGGAAGGCGUGGCGGGAGACAGGUGUGACCGCUGUAACCGUGGUUACUAUGGUUUCCAUAGUAACAGCUGUACAGCAUGCAACUGUGAUCACACCGGCGGGAACUGCGACCCCGAGAGUGGCGAGUGCACCUGCCCCCCCCACACAGAGGGACUCACCUGUGACAGGUGUGAGACAGGUUACUAUGGUUACGACCCCAUCACCGGCUGCAAGCCAUGCAGCUGCAGCGCAGCAGGAAGCUCCGCCCCUCAGUGUGAUCUGACCAAUGGGCAGUGUCGGUGCAGAGCUGGGUUCUCUGGCAGGUCAUGUGACCAGUGUGCCCCCGGUCACUACGGUUUCCCAGCAUGCUCGGCGUGUGGCUGUGACGUGGAGGGAACGGAGGCGGCGUUCUGCAACACGACACUGAGAGUCUGUGACUGUCGACACACCGGAGAGUGUGUGUGCAAGGCGGGCGUGGCCGGCCGGCGCUGUGAGGAGUGUGUCUCUGGGUGGUUCGGUCUCUCAGCGGAGAAUCCAGACGGCUGCUCUCAGUGUUUCUGUUCAGGACUGAGCCGAGACUGUGAGGAGCAGGGCGGCCUCAGCAGGGAGCCGAUCACCUUGGCUCGCUCUCCGGCUUUGCUGACUGUGGUCAGUCAGUCGAACCUGCAGGGCGUAGUAUCUGGAGUCUACCAGCAGAGCGGCGACAUUCUGCUUGAUACCCGUCAGCUCAACACGAGCAGGCUGGCUGGGCCGCUCUACUGGAGGCUGCCCCGCCAGUUUGAAGGAAACCAGCUGCUGUCGUAUGGCGGACUGCUGUCUUAUGUCGUGACCUUCUAUGCUGAUCAUGGCUCUGGGUUGGCCAAUCGAGAGCCUCAGGUGCUGCUGAGGGGCGGGACCCUGAGGAAUCUAGUCAUAUACACAGACAUGGUUGCCCCUGGCAACGGCAUCAGGACACAGCACAAUGUCAGGCUGACAGAGCACAAGUGGAAGUAUUUUAACUCGGUGUCGGAGAAAGGAGUGAGUCGCGCUGACUUCAUGUCUGUCCUCAGUAACGUACGAUACGUCAUCAUCAAAGCUUCAUACGGGACGAGACUUCAGCAGAGCAGGAUAUCUAACGUCACCAUGGAAACAGCAGUGAAGGCGGGGGAGGCAGAGGGGGACAUAGCCAGACUGAUCGAGUCCUGCACCUGUCCACCUGGACACGCCGGACUUUCCUGUCAGGAAUGUGCUCCGGGUUAUUUCCACCAGCUUCGGUCUGAGUUGUCGUCUCAGGAUCAAAAAUCGCUGUUUGUGCGUCCGUGUGUUCGCUGUCGCUGCAACAACCACAGCGAGAUCUGCGACCAGGAGACCGGAGAGUGCCAGGACUGCCGGGAUCACACCGCAGGGCGGAGCUGUGAGCUUUGUGCCCCAGGGCAUUAUGGGAAUGUGACCGGCUCCAUCACUGACUGUUCGCUGUGCUCGUGCCCGCUACGAGAGAACAGUUUCAGCCCCACGUGUGUGUCCGAGGGGCUGUUCGGGGACUUCCGCUGCACCGCGUGUCAGACGGGGUACGAGGGCCGAUACUGUGAGAGGUGCUCUGCUGGUUACUAUGGUAACCCCUCGCAACCGGGCGGGAGGUGCUCACCCUGCAGCUGCAGCGGUUGGGGCUCGAUGCACCCGCUCUGCGAUCAGCUGACCGGACAGUGUGACUGCAAGGCCGGGGUCAAAGGUCACCUCUGUGAGCAGUGUGAUGACAGACACUUUCUGCAGGGAGGAGAGUGUGUGUUGUGUAACGACGAGUGCGUCGUCGUGCUUUUUGAUGAUUUGGACGAACUCCGCGAUCACUUCCUGUCAGUGAACACGAGCGGCGUCGUCAUGGCGCCGUACAGCCAGCUGGUGGCGCUGCAGAACCAGACCAGAGAGAUCCAGGUGUUGCUUUCAGGAAACACGUCGGCUCACCUGUCCAGAGUGGAGGAGGACCUGAGUCACCUGACCUCUGACCUCAGCGCUCUGCUGCUGCAGGUGACUCGUCUCUCUAACGAGCUACAGGAAGUGGGUGUGUCCACCAACAGCAGCGUAUCCCAGGGUGCAUUGCUGCUGGAGAGCAUCAGCCGCCUGCAGGACGACAUUCAGGAGCUGCAGCGGGAGGCGGGACAUCUGAACCGCACCACGGAGGCGGAGCUGGAUGCAGCCAAUCAGACGCGCUUGCUGGACGAGAUGGCGGCCAUGUUGGAAACCAUCAGAGCUGUCAAUCAAACGGCCGCCAACACUGCAGCCAAUCAGGAGCUCAGCCUAUCAGAGACGCUCGCCAGCUGGCUGCAGAUGGACUUCCUGUCCAGGGGGGCGGGGCUUAACAAGCAGCUCCGCCAGCUCGCCGCCUCGCUCACCGUUCACACGGAAACGCUGCAACACGCACACACACACAUACACACUGCUGCACAACGAAACACACAAACACACACACUGCUGGACACCACACACACUCUGCUGCAGCGCUGCCAGUCUGGCCGUCAGCAGGUCUCCGCUCUGACGGAGGCGUCGGACGCCGUGAUGGACGAAAGUCAGCUGCUGCUGGACGACGGCUUCAGUCUGAGAGAUGACAUCAUCAACAGCUCCUCACAGGUGGAGGCUCUGGGGGGGGAGCUGGACCAGUGGCGCCCCCUGCUGAGGAAGCAGGUGGACGGGCUGGUUGUUGGUCUGAAGACCACCGACGCUCUGGAGAAGGUUUACCUGGCGGAGAGCCACGCCCACUUCCUGCAGAGCCACGCCCACUCUGUGCACAGCUCUCUGUCCUCAGUGUGUAACGUGUCACAGAACGGCAGCGGAUUGGUUCAGCUGGACGGUGACAUCACAGACCGGAUGGCGUUGGCGCAGCAGGUCGCUCUGAUGGCUCAGAGCUCCGCCUCCCUCGCUGUUACCAUGAGCAUCCAAUCAGAGCAGCCGCUGUCCCAGGAAGGACGAAUCAGACUGAACGAGAGCGCCGAGGUUUUAGAAGCAAGCCGAGCCAUCAGCAAGACAGCUGGAGACCUGCAGAUGAACGUUUCCAUGGUAACUGCCAGGCUGCGAUUGGUCAGAGAGAAUGUCAGUAAUACGAGCCUGUUCCUCCAUCAGCCAAUCAGAGAGCUGCAGAGCCUCACUAAUGAGUCAUCGUUGCCGUUGCAGAAGGCACAGCUUCAGGUUGCAGCAGCUCGCUCCGGCCUGCAGGAGGCGCUGCAGCGGCUGAACAGCCUCAGACAGCAGCUGCAGGAUUCUUCUUCUGUGGUGGAAAACACCAACAACACAGUGAAACAGACCAAUCAGCUGGUGACGUUCACACACAGCGCAGCCAAUGAGGCGCAGCGUAAGAUGGAGGAGGCGGAGCAUCGUACCGAGCGUCUUAUGGACAGGAUAAAGCCGCUAAGCAUGCUGGGAGAAAAUCUGAGCAGGAACCUGUCUGACAUCCGAGAGCUGAUCGAGCAGGCCCGGAGACAGGCGGCAUCGAUUAAGGUGGCGGUUCAGGCCGACAGGACGUGUGUUCGUUCUUAUAAACCAGAAAUCACUUCGAGUAAUUUCAACACUUUGAUUCUGACGAUGAAGACGACGACGAAGAACAACCUGCUGUUCUACCUGGGCAGCAACACACAGGCGGACUUCCUGGCGCUGGAGAUGCAUGCUGGGAAAGUGUCUCUGCUGUGGGACGUCGGGUCGGGACCCGCCAGACUGGACUCUCCUGGACCGGACAUCACCAACAACAGAUGGACCCGGAUCAACGUGACCCGGUUCGGAGCCCGAGCCUCUCUGUCCGUCCAUCAGCUGGAGUCGCCGCCGUCACCGGUCGUCACGGCAACCUCACCGGGACCGGCCCGGGUCCUAGACAUCCACAACAACACAGUGAUCCACAUCGGAGGACUGGGAGCCCGGACCCAGAGCCCUGCAGCGCUGCGCUCCUCCACCUUCUCGGGGUGUCUCGGUGAAGCUUCGCUCAACGAGAGAAACAUCGGACUCUGGAACUACAACAGCAGAGAGGGAGAGUGUGGAGGCUGCUUCAGCAGUCCCCAGGCAGAGGAGACGUCCUUCCACUUUGAUGGUUCUGGGUUCUCGUUGGUCCAGAAGUCUCUGCGGUCCACGUCCACGUCGGUGGUUCUGCUGUUUAAGACGUUGUCUCCCGGCGGCUUGCUGCUCUACCUCGCCUCCAACAACACGAGAGACUUCCUGUCUAUAGAGCUGGUGGGGGGUCGAGUCCGUCUGACCUUUGACCUCGGCUCAGGUCCCCUGAUCCUGACCUCCAACCGAAAGUACAACACAGGAGUCUGGUACAAGAUCACCCUGCAGAGGAACAAGCGCAAAGGUUACCUGUCUGUCAUGGCAGCCGACCAAUCAUCCGACAAGGAGGUGUUGGAGGCGGAGUCACCGGGAACGGCCUCUGACCUCAACCGCUCCGACCUCGACCCCAUCUACAUCGGAGGACUUCCUGCCUCCAGACCAAUCAGGCGACAAGUCAUCAGCAGGUCGUACGUCGGCUGCAUCAAGAACGUCGAGAUCGCUCGGUCGAACUUUGACCUCCUGAGAGACGCGUACGGAGUCAGGAAGGGCUGCGUGCUCAAGGCGGUGCGGAGCGUCUCCGUGCUCGCCGGCGGCUUCGUGCAGAUCGCUCCUCGCUCUCUCGGCCAGGAGGCGGAGCUUCUGUUCUCUUUCUCCUCCAAGAACCAAUCAGGAGGCCUGCUGGCUGCCUUCAGUGAUGACCUCACACAGCGACAGCACUUCCUGUCUGUGCACCUGGUCUCAGGUGUGUUGGAGGCGGAGCUUGGAGAGGUGGGCGGGGCCUCUCGGCGGGUGCAGGUGACAGCUGGAGGCGGGUCCUUCGCUGACGGAUUGAAACACUCGGUGAUCGUCACCAUCAACAGGAAGUCUCUGUCCGUCCAGGUGGACGAGGAACACCUGAAAUCCGUCUCUCUGUUGCCGGGAGGACUUUCCCGCCUCUCUCCAGCCUCUUUUUUCAUUGGUGGGCUGCCCCCAGGGGAGGAGUCUCGUCUACCAAUCAGAUUGCAGAAUGUGUCCAGGUGGUUCACAGGCUGUAUGCAGCACCUGGUGGUGGGGGGGGCACUCAUCGACCUAUCAGGAGCUGUGAGGUAUGAGGGGGCGGAGCUUGACAGCUGCCUGCUGGGGGAGCGAGGGGGGGGGGCAGUGCUACCUGAUGACCAGGAAGUAGAGCCCACACCUGACCCCGCCCACCUACCUGUAGCCCCGCCCACCCAGCUGAGUGCCCUGACACCUGGAGCGCUGACGUGUUCCUCGGAGGCGGAGCCGAGCUUCCUCCGAUCAGCAGCUCAGUUUGGUUCGUCCAGACACAGUCACAUGACCUUCAUCAUAAGCCCCGCCUCCGUCCGUAAGAGUGUGUCCCUCAGGGUGGGGGUGCGGACCCGGGCUCGGGACGGGUUGAUCUUCCUGGUUUCGGACGGACGGCUGAACGAUCACGCCGUGCUGCGGCUGGCGGGGGGGCGCCUGCUGAUGUCAGCUGACCUGGGCAGAGGCCCCGCCUCCGUCACCUCUACGGUCGCCGUUAACGACGGAGAAUGGCACACAGUGAGCGCGGAGGUGAGCCGGCGCUCGGUGUCGCUCGCCGUCGACGGGUCGAAACCAGAAACUGUUCCAGUGAAAGGAAACCAGCUCGAUGUCCAGAACACGGUUUACCUGGGAGGAAGUCCACACACACUCAACACCAAGAGGAUCAAUGUCAGCAGCAGUUUCUCAGGUUGUCUUCGGUCUGUCAGUCUGAACGGCGCCAUGUUGGAUCUGUCCAAGCCAGCAUCGCAGCAUGAUGUCACUUCCUGUUUCAUCAAGGACCAGACAGGAAGUUACUUUAAUGGCAGUGGAUUCGCCGAAAUCAUGCAUGAUGGGUUUAAGGUCGGCUCGGAUGUUUCGGUGUCUCUGGAGUUUCGUACCAGCCAAUCAGACGGAGUGUUUCUGGGAGUCAGCAGCGCGAAAGUCGACGCCAUCGGACUGGAGCUGAUUAACGGACAGGUGGUGUUUAACGUGAAUAACGGGGCGGGCCGUGUGUCGGUGCGUUCGAUUGGCCGGCUGCUGUGUGACGGCCGCUGGCACCACCUGCUGGUCAGGAAGAGUAAAGUCGCCCUCAGUUUGACCGUCGACGGCCGCGGCUUCACUGCCCAAAACCCUUACCCACAAUCCACCUCUGCUGAGACCAACAACCCUGUGUACUUGGGAGGCUUUCCAGCCGGCGUGAAGCAGAACUGCCUGAGCUCCCCCCCCUCGCCCUUCAGAGGCUGUAUGAGGAACCUGAAGCUCGUUAAGUCUCACCUGAGCGUCGCUGUGGACUUUAGCUCCGCCCACAUCCUGUUGGGCGUCACCCCUAACUCAUGUCCUGUUGCCUAG